CAAAAAACAUGGAAAAAGGGGAAUGCAGGAAGGAACACUCCUAUUCUUCUUCAGCUUCUCAAAUUUCUCUGCUCCAAACCCUCGCCUACUUCACUCCCCCUCUGCCGGCUUCCUUCCUAGCUUCGCCGGCCAAAACUAUCUUCUUCGUAACCAAACCUUCACGAUACAGUCGCGAUUAGUGAAUCCGGAUCUAUCAAAUCUGCGGCUUUAUGUUGUCUAGAAUGACCGUCUGGCAAGAUUCAGGCUAAAUCCAGGUUGAAUCCUGCUCCAAUUCCGUUACCUGUUGAACAAUGGAUUCGCUAGACACCUCUCGGAUCCAUCGAAUCGUACUUCUCAUUGAUCUCCAUCCUCUUCUAGUUUUCGAAAACAAAAAUCCUUACGUCUGCAAUGUUCUUGCUGCCGCACGUCGGAUCCUCUCUUUUCCGGCCAUCUCCUCAUCUCUCGCCGCUUUCAAGUUUUUCUUUUCUUCCCUCUCUCCCAUCCUCUCCACCUCUAAGCUUCGCCAGCUCCUCGGUAAAUCACCGGCCUUCCUCUCCUUCGAUAGGCCCCUCCAGACAUUAGAUCUCCUUUUCAGCACACUCAAUUCCCUCUUCUCUAUCCAGGAUCCUCUUGAUUACGACCGACCUGCUUGUUCCAGAGCGUCUCUUGUCGCCGGAUCGCUCCUCCAACUCGAGUAUGACUAUGCAUGGGAGCCUCAAAUUCAGCACCACAGAGGUAUGCCUCAUUCCUUAAUGAUUCGUUCCAAUUUAGUGGUGCUUUUUUCUCCGAUCCCUCAAUCAUCCAGCUGCAUAUCUGAAUAUUUGAGUGAGGGGGCGUUUUUAAGUUCUGAUCGGUUCCUGAACAAGUUUUCGAAAAUUUUUGGGAUGGUUAAGGAACGACUCAUAUCCAGAGAUAUCCAUAUCAGCUGGAUUGAUGCUAGUUUUAGCCGAUUAGGUGAGGAGAGGUUUGGAUUAGGUUUAUUUGAAUGUGGCUUGAAGGAGUUGGGCUGGGGAUGCAACAGGACUGAUGCGAUUGUGUUGGGAUCUGCACUUGUACCAUUUGGCUUGAUUUUCCCAUACAUAUGCUGCACUAUUGCUUUAAAGUCUUUGAACAGUUACAUGAAGAAUCGCGCUGAACUUAUUCUGAGCAUCAAAGACUCCAGUGGGGCAACUCUACAGUGUAAAAGCUGCGAUCUUGAAUUUGUCGUUUUAAAAUUUCUUGAAGAGAGAUCAGAUUUGCUAUGGCUUUCUUCGGAAAAAUGUGGGAGAGUUAACACAAGGAUUUGCGUUAGAGAGUUAUGGGAAAUUAAUGAGGAAACUAAGGCCAUAGAAAACUCUUGUGCUUUAAUACUACUGCACGGAAUUUCAAGAGCAACAGGGAAAGAAGCUACUGCAAAUGCUAAAGACGAAUUCAUUGCAGAUAAAAUUCUUAAAUUGAUUUGUGAUGAGACGGGUGAGCUUGAUGUAAGGGAACCUAUUUGGCAGCUUAUUCUAACGUUUCUCUAUAACAGAAAUUGUUCUGCAUUAGUUUCUGUUUUUGAUGGUGAUGGAAACUCAUUUAAUGGCAUGCUGCAGCCUUUCACUUUGAAUUAUGCCUUACUAAGCAUCUUUCCUCGAAAUUUUGAUCUUUCUUUUUCCACCAAAAAUAGGGCUAAUAUAAGUAGAAGAAAGGGAAGGGAAACACAGACGAAUAUGCUUUAUGAUAUCUCAUGGAGCUCUUUCACAGAUAGAGUGUUUAGUCAGUCUGAUGACUUGGCUUCAAUAAAUGUCCUGGAAGAGUUUUAUUUCAAUUUACAACUUGAAAAAUCAAAGAAGUUGCGGUUUUUGAAAUGCUGGAUGAAACAGAUUACGAAAUUAAAUGUUUCUUCUAAUAGUGAAAGAAACGGAGUAUAUGAUUCUUUAAAUGUAGGAGUUGAACCUGUUUCUUCUGCUGGUGACAAUUGUUUGAGCCAAUCAACAAGUCAAGCGGCUUCAUCCUUUGUUUGCAUUGAAGAUUCAAAUGCUUUCCUGGAAAGUAUUUCUCUGAAGAUUGAAAAUGCUUUGUGCUCGAAGGAAGUUGACUUGUUUAUUUUGGCAGAACGUCUAGUACGUAUGUCAAUUGAUGCACUUUAUACUAAAUAUGAGAAGGCUCAAGUGGAGGAUCUUAAUUCAAGGAAAGAGCUGGAUUUGUUUGACACCAAAAUCGCCACUGAAAUGUCUAAUUUUCUAUUAGUGAAACCCAAAGAACUAGAACACAAGUGCAAAUGCUCCACUAGUGCAUCUUCCACAAUAGAAACGACUCCUGUCAUUUACAGCAAUGAAAAGAAAAUUAGGAUGCAUGAACUUCAGAUCUUAUUCAGGAUGGAGAUACUUUUAUCGAAGGUUGCAUCAAACUUUGAUAAAUGUGUUAAACAAAAGUUGAUAAAAGAUUGUUGCUUGCUUUUGAGAAAUGUGGAGUUCUAUCUGCACGCUGAUUUUUUUCAUGGAGAGUCUCUCCUCGAUUAUGCUACAAGGAUCAUAAAAUCCAGGUAUGAACAUUCUCUACAAGAUGUUAUUCAUGAAAUUUAUACCAGAAUGGAAUUUUUCUCAUUUGAUGGGAAUGAAGUGGAGGCAUCAGAUUCAGAACCUGCAAGCAAUGAUUAUGAGCUGAAAAAGGGUGACAAUUUCAGCAUAAACAACCCAAAUUCUAUCUACAUGAAUGAAGACACUACUCCAAGCCAUCAGUUUCUGGAUAUAACAAUUGAACGACAGUUGAUGGAAGCUAACAAGCGAAGAAACAGGGCUCGUCGAUUCUCCUCUUUCACUAGUUGGGUGCCAGAUUUGCAGAAGGUGUGGGCUCUCAGGCAUCCAAAGCAGGAGAAACAUGCACACGAGGCUCUUCUUCCCAAAGUUAAAGCUAAAAAAAGGAAGCGGCGUUCAUCAUUUCAAGACAGAGUAUGUGAAACUCCAUGAUGAGAGAUUGAUUCCUUAAAGGAAAAGCUGCAGCCGGUAUUGUUUAUAUUAAUGCUUAAUGACUGAAGGCUUAAUUUAUGAAGUUGCUCAGUUAUAUAUAUCCCAUCCGGAAGAAAAUAUCCCUGCCAUUAGAAAGAUCUUUGAGGUAAGAAAAUCCCUGCAAAUUGGAAGCAAAUAAUAAGGGAUCAUUUUUAUUCUUUUUAAAUACCAGGCUUAUUACCUGAAAAUUUGCUGACAUAAGAAACAAGCAAGAGGAGCGAUGUAUUUGUAUCGAAGCCUUCAACCCAUUUAUUAAUAUAUUUGUGUGUUCCUCAGUGCAAUGGCAUACAUAGCAAGAUAGGGAUUGAUUAUGAUCUGUCAGUCUAAUUAUACAGCGGCCCUUAGCUGCAUCCUAUAUUAUUUGAUAUUACUAUAUGAAAAUAUUUGUGGAGGAUCAUGGUAUUUUGAGAGUAAGCUUGAGUGAAGCCUUAAAUUACUUUGAAGAGGUUGGGAGUUAUCUUUCAUUUUGUAUUCUAAGUUUGCCUUGUUUAGUAUUAGGCUUGGGCAUGGAUUUGGAGAACCUUUUGAUCCUCUUAAUCUGAAUUAAUAAAUAGUCAGCUUUGG